GGGUGUAUGAGUGGGUGGUUAGCCGGUGGUGGCUUCAGGCUGGGGGCUCGGGCUGCAGAUAAGCCCAAGUUAGUUUCUCGGACCCCAGUUCUUCAUCUAGAACCAGCUGUCUGUCGGCUUUGGGAGCAGAGACCUUGCAGGUGGCCUGUGCCUCCACACCCGUCAGCACAUCCCCAGAGUCUGAAGAGGCGCAGGGGCCCGUACCCUGCUCAGGGCAGCGGCGGCGAUGCCGGACCCCGCGGCGCACCUGCCCUUCUUCUACGGCAGCAUCUCGCGCGCCGAGGCCGAGGAGCACCUGAAGCUGGCGGGCAUGGCCGACGGGCUCUUCCUGCUGCGCCACUGCCUGCGCUCUCUGGGCGGCUAUGUGCUCUCGCUCGUGCACGACGUGCGCUUCCACCACUUCCCCAUCGAGCGCCAGCUCAACGGCACCUACGCUAUUGCGGGCGGAAAAGCGCACUGCGGCCCCGCUGAGCUCUGCGAGUUCUAUUCGCGCGACCCAGACGGGCUGCCCUGCAACCUGCGCAAGCCGUGCAACCGGCCGUCGGGGCUCGAGCCGCAGCCCGGGGUCUUCGACAGCCUACGCGAUGCCAUGGUGCGCGACUACGUGCGCCAGACUUGGAAACUAGAGGGCGAGGCCCUGGAGCAGGCCAUCAUCAGCCAGGCCCCUCAGGUGGAGAAGCUCAUUGCCACGACGGCUCACGAGCGGAUGCCCUGGUACCACAAAAGCCUGACGCGCGAGGAGGCGGAGCGCAAACUCUACUCAGGCUCACAGACGGACGGCAAGUUCCUGCUGAGACCCCGGAAGGAGCAGGGCACCUAUGCGCUGUCUCUGAUCUAUGGGAAGACUGUGUACCACUACCUCAUCAGCCAGGACAAGGCGGGCAAAUACUGCAUUCCCGAGGGGACCAAGUUUGACACGCUCUGGCAGCUGGUGGAGUACUUGAAGCUGAAGGCUGACGGGCUCAUCUACUGCCUAAAGGAGGCCUGUCCCAACAACAGCGCCAGCUCAGAGGCCGCUGCUCCCACACUCCCCGCCCACCCAUCCACAUUCACCCAGCCUCAGAGACGGAUCGACACGCUCAACUCAGAUGGAUACACCCCUGAACCAGCAUGCCUAGCGUCCUCAGAGAAGCCGCGAUCAAUGCCCAUGGACACCAGCGUGUACGAGAGCCCCUACAGCGACCCCGAGGAGCUCAAAAACAAGAAGCUCUUCCUGAAGCGCGAGAACCUCCUCAUGGCUGACAUAGAACUUGGCUGCGGCAACUUUGGCUCCGUUCGCCAGGGCGUCUACCGCAUGCGCAAGAAGCAGAUCGACGUGGCCAUCAAGGUGUUGAAACAGAACACAGAGAAGGCGGACAAGGAUGAGAUGAUGCGGGAGGCGCAGAUCAUGCACCAGCUGGACAACCCCUACAUCGUGCGGCUCAUCGGCGUCUGCCAGGCCGAGGCCCUCAUGCUGGUGAUGGAGAUGGCGGGCGGUGGGCCACUGCACAAGUUCCUGCUUGGGAAGAAGGAGGAGAUCCCCGUCAGCAAUGUGGCGGAGCUGCUGCACCAGGUGUCCAUGGGCAUGAAGUACCUGGAGGAGAAGAACUUUGUGCACCGUGACCUGGCGGCCCGCAACGUCCUUCUGGUCAACCGGCACUACGCCAAGAUCAGUGACUUUGGUCUCUCCAAGGCACUGGGUGCUGAUGACAGCUACUACACCGCUCGCUCGGCGGGGAAGUGGCCGCUCAAGUGGUACGCGCCUGAGUGCAUCAACUUCCGCAAGUUCUCCAGCCGCAGUGACGUCUGGGGCUACGGGGUCACCAUGUGGGAAGCCUUCUCCUAUGGCCAGAAGCCCUACAAGAAGAUGAAGGGCCCCGAGGUCAUGGCCUUCAUCGAGCAGGGCAAGCGGAUGGAGUGCCCCCCAGAGUGUCCGCCCGAAAUGUACAAGCUCAUGAGCGACUGCUGGACCUACAAGUGGGAGGACCGUCCAGACUUCCUGACCGUGGAGCAGCGCAUGCGCACCUACUACUACAGCUUGGCAAGCAAGGCCGCGGACCCUGCGGCCGAGGCUGCGUGUGUCUGAGCUCCUGCCUGCCGGCCCCUACGCCCCAGCUUUUCCUCCUGUGUCCUCAGCUCCCUCCCAGGACCUCCAGUCUGGCUGAGCCCAGCUCAGUUUCUCUCCCCCACACCAGCUGGGCUGUGAGAAGGGGGACAGCUCAGGCCUCCGGCCUACACUGGUCUAGUAUUCCCUGCCUGGUCACCUGGCCCCUCUGGCUGGGGUAGGAGGCCGAGACCCAGGCAAGGUGGUCCUGGGCUGGAAUCUACUGGGAGGCCCUGAGCUGAGGGGGCGUUGCUUACAGCAAGGACCCUCCUUCCUCUGGGCCCAGAAGGGCGGACUCCCGGAGUUCUCAGGUGGCAAGACCCCAAUCAUUGGAAUAAACGCAGCUUCUCUCUUGUCUGAGAUCCCUCAUCUUUCUGGGGUGAGGGACGGGGGGACCAGGAAAGGGGCUGGGUCAUCGGAAGGGGUCCAUGAGAAGUGCCUGAUGGUGCAACGAACGGGCAUUCCAAUAUUUGAUACAGCUUUUCUCGUGUGGGCCUGGGGGGUGGGGGCCCUUGUGCCCCGGGGACAUCUUUACCAGCGUGAGGGGCUGCAGCAGGUGAGCGUGGGGACUUAGGGGCCGCGUGCCUGCUGGCCACUCAGCUCCCCGAGCCUCACGGACGGCGUGAGACAGGUGCUGCCCGUGUUCGCGGCGUGUUAUCAUCACCUGGAGAGAGUUUAACACACGCGGAUCCCGCCCCAGCCCGUGCAUUUUAACGUCUCUUCAGGUGAUUCUAUCAUUCGGCCCCUUCUCAGCUGCCUCCCCUUCCUCCCUGGGCCCGGACAGUCACAGCUGGGAAUCCUUAUUACCUGAUGCCCCGAGGGCCGGCUCAGUCCCGCUCAGGAGAAGACCCGGCUCCAAGUGCUGCUUCGGUGUCCCCACAUGAACUGGGGUGUUGGAGCACAGAACCCGGUGAAGGUCGGGUGAAGUGGAGCCAGGCCCCUGCAUUUCUUUUCCGGACUUGCUCGGCUGCAGUUGGCCCCCAUGCCCUGCAAUACCUCCUCCUCUUGGCCUGGCCCCGAAGAGCCACGGGCUCCAGGGCGGCCAUGCAACCCACUCAGCGCCAGGGAGAGGCAAGGAGAUUUUCUGCGGCUUCUGAGAAGGUAGAUUUUCUUUCUUUUUGUUUGUGGAGCUCUAGAAAGCCUGGGGCUGUUUUGUGGCACUGUGGGGUGGGGUGUGGGGACUGGGGCUUGAGGCCCAGGCUGGUGACGCCCGAGAGGAGACCCCAGAACCUUGGUGAUGUGAGUGCGUUGUCGAAACCAGGAAAUUGACAUUGGGGUUAUUAACUUAGGUACGGACCUUGCUCUGAUUUUACCGCUCACGGAGUUUUAAUAAUUCAUGGGUAAGCUUCAUGUUAGCGUAUCCUUUAAUGAACUUUGUAUUCUACCUGGAAAGUAGCUCAGAGAGCCCCUAGUUAUAGAGUCAGCUCCAGACACACGAAGACUCUCAGCUCUGUGUUUGUUUGGAGACUAAAUCUGUAAUGGUUUGCAAUUGUUUGAGGGUCUCCAAGCCCUGCCAGACGGUAUCUUCCUGCAUUUAGAUUCGAAACAGAUGAGCAGAGCACAACGAUUGUAAAGAUUAAGACACAAACUCAGUUCCUUCCAUUUUGUCAUUCUCUGCAGCCGCUUGAAGGUUUUGUGUUUAAAAUGUAAAACAGUGAAGUUUGCAAGCCAUGCGAUAUAUUUUUAGUUGGUAAAUGCACGUAUUAGUUCAUAAGCUAACUGUAUUACUGACUUUGAAUAGCACUAUUAAAAUGCAAAAAUUGUUUUUUAACUAAUUGUUUUAAAACUAAUGAACAAAUAAAGAAAAUUACAUCAAUGGUACAGUUUCGUGGCUUCUGAAAUUGUACUGUUUGCAGAUAUUUCAGUUUUAUUAAAUCCACGUGUUAGUUACUGGAUAAUUAUUUACGUCGUUACAUAAAGUAUUGUGUCAGAAGGGAAAUACAUUUUCGUUGUCUGCA